AUGUCAGGAGACAUGAAAGACCUUAACGGAGUCGAGACGAAGGAAGAAAAUAUAUCCAACUUCUUUCUCAAUGCCCAAGAAACGAAACUCAUGGAGAGUAAGUGGAAGCGAAGGUUUCUGGACACACAAUAUCGCUGUGAUGCGAUUUUCAUCUUAGGCCCUAUGGGAGCAGGGAAGACUACUGUUACAAAUAACGAGUUUAAGACCCAUCCAGGUUACAGGAAUUACGCGUACGUAGACACAGACGAAAUCAUGGGAAUGUUAAAAGGGUUUGAAUCAAACAAGGUGGAGGAAUAUUAUCCAGUCGCUCGUAAGAUUGCUAUUCAUCUUACCGACUGGAUUUUGGAGCAGAAGAUCAGCUUUGUAGCAGAGGGAACAUGUGUUAAGUAUUUGGAGCUCAUAGACUACAUGAACCGCUUAAAAUCGGUCGGCUAUCAUGUCCGCGUGAAACGCUUGCCUCGAGUUCCGCUGGACAUAAUUCUUGAAAGAGCUAAACGACGAAAAAAUCGGUUAAUUCCUGAUCACGUAGUGGAAUCGAUUUUGGAAGGAUCUAACCUUGGAAUAGAAAAACUGUACGAGUUUAAUAAGACAGAAUCGCUGUUUGAGGAUAUGGACGAACAAGAGAGAAGAGAAGUUCUAAGAUCAGUCGCUUCGUUAGAAAUUCCAUCACCAACUGCUUGAAACCUUAUGUUAUAUAAUAUAGGCAACAAGCACUUCAAGUUAGGAGGGUAGCGCGUGUCUCAGUCUUCUUCAUGGUUAUAAGUGACCUACUAAGUUGUUGGUGAUUUUAUGUGAGAGUGACAGGAAUAUGGAAUAGGACAGUAAGUUUGGCUAAAGCAUCGUUUACUGUUUACAAACAAUAGCGCUAUAGUCAGUCACAUCGAACGGACUUCAACUACAAAAUCAUAGUCAACCAUGAUACAUGCAGGAAGUUUGACCUGUCAAAGGUUUUUGGACAAAAGCUAUUUUCAUUGGCUCAUGAUGUGCAGCUUAAGUCAACUAUUAGUUCAUUUUACAGUUGCCUGCUUGUCUGCCAAGUCUUUGAACAGGAGUGAGGCUGAGGUUGACCUUGUUAUGAUACAAACCUUGCUGCUUUUCAAAUGCAAAUUACUUUGUUGUGAUGCUAACUAGAUACUGGUCUCUAUUACAACAUGGUUACCUUCAUGCCCACUCCAAAUCAAAGGCUUGGCAACUAAUUAUUGAUUCAUCUAGAAUUUAUCAUUGUCUUUAUUUCAUUGUCAACUGAAAUAUUUGAUGCAGUUCCUGCAUAGGCAGAGACAAUUAUUCCACUGGCGCAAAGCUCUUAUUUUGUUAUUUCAUUCCUUCUGAAAAACUGAACCAAAAGAAAAAUGUGGUUUAUCUGAGCAACAUUUUAUUUUCUUAACUCUCUGUUUUGGUCAAAGUUUUCAUAGUAAAUAGCAUUAUUUAAUUGUGCUCGAAACUUUCUUCCAUCUUUGGUGAAAGAGAUACAAAUUUUUUAAUUAUUAAAUAGCUUUGUGGUUUUGUUAUGCACAUGAGUAUGGUAUCUAAAAAAGCAUUUAUUUGUUAUUGAAAUACUGAACUUGAUGUCUAAGGUAUUCAGAAUGUUCCUUCUUCACAACACUUUCUAAGUUUAGCAUAAAAGCCUGAAAGUGGUGUAGAACCAUUGCAAAAAAUAUUUUUGUCUUAUUCAGUAAUCAAGAGUUUUUACCAUCAAACAUGCCAAAUCCAAUAUCAGGAAGUUCUGUUAUUAUGAGAAUUGUAUUGUCAGGUAAACAAAUCAUGGUUGACAUUGAUGAAAUUCCCGAUGAAAAAUCCAUUACAAUAUUCUAAGAAGAACUCAAAAUAAAGGCCUACGUAUAUUUGUACAUUUUUGAGCAAUCCAUUCUCUUUUUAUACCAGAAGUAAAGACAAUGUCCAGUUAACCUCUUUGUUGCCUUUUGUUCUCAAUUCACAAGUUUUCAAUUUUUGCACUUGUUAGUGAUAUGUUACAUAAGAUUGUAGAUAUACUCAUCCUCUCAUUGUUUGAAAACACAAUACUAACAUUUUGUUUCAUAGUGUGUCACAUUAUUUUCUCAUAAUUAUGGUAUGCACGAUAAAUUGAUCUUGUAAUGGGUAUUAAUUUAUUAUUCUCUUUAAUUCAAAGAGGUUGUGUAAGGGCAUUGGAUGUUCACUGAGUUAGUACAUACUUUCAGAGCCAGAAACUGCAAUUUAAAGGCACAGAAAUCUGUUUAAAAAAAAUUACAAGGUAAUUAUUAUUGCUUAGGUUAUUUAUACAGACAGUCACACUGUUUGAUCUAAGGAAUGAAAUCAUAUCAUCUAACAAAAUGAGAUAAUAACUUAAUUAAUGCUUUAUGUUAUCCAAAUGCAACUCAACAUUUUGUGGGUUGUGUAUUAUUUGUACCAUUGUAAAAUUCCUCUGGUUUUUUAACUUCUUUGUAUAAAAUCUUGAAAUUACGUUGUGUCUGUAAAACUCAAGGACUCUUCAAGGGAAAUAAAUUGAUACAUUCAAGCACCAAUGAGAUAAAAUCUCCAAAAUUGCAUUGUGGUAAUUUAAUUACAUUUCUUGCUUCAACCCCCACAAUGCAACUGUUAAUGCUCUCCUCUACUUGUACAUUUCCUUGUUAAGUAGAUACGAGAAUUUGGUGUUAGACCAAGGUAACAACUUCUGCCCGAUAAGUUUGGCUAUUCUCAUUUCCUGUGUGCUGGAUAUUGAAUGGAUAUUUCCAGGAGAAGUUGCAUGUUAAUCACUUCAAAAACAGUCAAUGUUCCUCGGUUCCUUACAUGAUCAUCCCUCUUCUCUGAUAGUUAUCAUCAUUAUCACCCUGAAUCAAACCACCAAAGGUUGGCAAAAUAGUAACAUGAAGGGUAAAUAUGAAAACAUUUUCCAAAGAAACAAAUAGAGCACUUGUUCAGAUGUUAAGCCAUGGUCACAUCCUUUUUACCCCAGAAAACAAUUCAGAUUAUUUAGUUACUGACCAGCCUCUGGUCAGAAGUAUGUACAUAUGCUGAUGCACACAAAUGUGUGCUCUCCUAUUACUUUCACUGAUUUUUAAACUCGCUGUGAAAUCCUAAAUGGAAUUUUAUAAUCGACGUAUUACGAGUUUAUAUGUUAAUGAUGACAUCAUAAUGAAAUCUUGAAUUCUAUCUGAAGAGAAAAUUAAUUACAAAAUUUGGACUUUUUUGUGCAAUCAGCAAAGCGUCGCUUAGAUAUCAGCUCGUAAAAUUUUGCUUCUACAACUUAGUUACAAUUACCAAAUUCGCAGCUAAUGAGGCUAGUGUCGGACGAAGGACUGGGACCUACUGUCGCAUGUGCUCUUGCUAUCCCCUCCCCGUUUUGCGCCAGUCACGCAGGCUAACCAGCUCGUCACCCGAUCAGCCUUCUUACUCCAACAGAGAGCCGGAAGGACCCUGAUAUGCUGAACGUGUACCCUUAUCCCUGUGGUUCAUUGUGAGGCAUUUUGCGUCACAGAGCUUCGGUUAGCUAUGGUGGUAGCCGUAACCCUGAAGAUGAUUAUAGCAGCGUGCCUAAUCGCAGGCAGCCCAAGCUCCAGCUGUGAGAUGCUCACCUUGCGAAAUAAGAGUCACGGCGAAAUUACAAAAGUUUGUAUGGGAAUAUUUACGACUGCUUUAAUUAAGGAAUAAGAAAUACAGUCAAAUUCUCAAUAAAAAAUACCCCACCUCACCUCCACGGUGCAUCGCUUGCUAUCUGACCGCUCCCUAUGUUGAAAAGAACCCAUUUUAGCGAGUUAUCCAUUCCUAGGUUUACUACGUAGAGCUUUUCUUAUCUACGUAGUAAGCCUAGAUAUGGAAAACUCGCCAAAAUGGGUUCUUUUCAACAUAGCAAGCGGUCAGAUAGUAAGCGAUGCACUGUGGAAGUAAGGUAAGGUAUUUUUAUUGAGAAUUUGACUGUAUUUCUCAUUCCUAAGAGCGGUCGUAAACAUUCCCAUACAAACUCCUAUAAUUUCGCCAUAACUCCUAUUUCGCAAGAUGAUCGUCUCUCAGCUGGAGCUUGGGCUACCUGUGGCCUAAUAAGCUCCAGAUUGUGUUUGUCAUCAGUCAAAUGUUGUUUAUAAAAUAACCCUUUUGAUAAAUAUUAACAGUAACGCUAAACAAGCCUCGAUCUAUAUAAAUUGAGGUAUUUUAAUGAUUUACUCGGUCAAAACCAAACAAGUAUAAAUAAUAUAUUGCGCGCGCUAGCUGAUUUUGAUGUCACAAACAAAACCCAGCGAAAACUAAUUUUACUCCACUUUUGCGGAUCAAGAUGUCGAACAAUAUGACUGAGGUGUGUGAAGUUUUAAAAAGGACUUUGCGGGUCGACAGGAUUCCAGAGAUGGAUAAAUACUACAAACGAGUUGAAGAGACGGAAGAUCAAUUUGCUGAUAUGGCGCGAUGCGUUGGAAAAUACGCCACGAUUACAGAGAAGCUUGCACAUAGAGGAGAAAAAUUAGCUUCAGCGAUAGGAAUUUGCAGUUCAGACCAGGAAAGCAAAAAUGCCUUCAAAAGCAAUUUAGUAAACUACACCAGACAUUUGUCUACUAUCCAGACACAGCGGAGUGUGUUGAAAGACAUUCUCAACGGAAAGAUCUCAAGUGACAUCACGGCUUAUGAAGGGAAGUGUCUGCAAAUGAAGAAAAGCGUGAAAGCGUGCGAGAAUGCAGUGCGCAAAAAGAACCACAGGUUUCUUCUGCUUCAAAAGGCGAAAAAUAAGACGCCUGUGGACCCUAGAAAUAUCAACGAUGCAAACAUAAAAUUCGAGAAAGCUCGCUGUGAGGCAGAACGUUCAUGCGAAGAUGUUAAGAUGGCAACGAAGCAUUUUGAGGAGCAGAAGUGGAAAGACUUGCAUCAUAUUCUUGGUGACUUCCUGCUUGCUGAGAUGCGCUUCCACGCGCAAGCACUUCAGGGCUACACCGCUGCUUUUAGGUGUCUGCCCCUGUUGUCUGAAGGAGAUGAUGUGGAUAGACCUCGCGGGAAUCCUCGCGGGAACAAUCGCGAGUCCUCCCGCGAUAAAAGAGAAAGAAGAGUGGCGUUUUCUAGUUCUGAUGAUGACACCGGACUACCAGUCUCGCAAAUUGACCUCAGGCGGAGGUCUGAUUCAAGUGAUUCGAAACUAUCUAUAAGAGAUCUUGACUGA